AUGGUUGAUGAGGCUCGGGAUAGUUCGGUGAAGGAACAAAUGGGAGUUGUUUUGAGAUAUGUGAAUAAAAAAGGAUGUGUGAUUGAACGAUUUCUUGUUGUUGUGCACGUGUCUGACACUACUGCUGAGUCUUUAAAAAAGGCUAUUGAUGCUUUAUUUAUGAAACAUGGUUUGUCAUUGUCUAAAUUGAGAGGACAAGGAUAUGAUGGGGCUUCAAAUAUGCGCGGUGAGUUCAAAGGGUUAAAAUCUCUAAUAUUGCAAGAAAAUCCACAUGCGAUGUAUGUUCAUUGUUUCUCUCAUCAACUUCAAUUAGUUCUUGUUGCUGUUUCUGAAGACAAUAUCAUUGUGAGUGAACUUUUUGCAUAUGUCACAAUGAUUGUGAACACAUCCGGAGCAUCUUGUAAAAGAAGAGAUCAACUUAGAAUGCUUCAACAUGAAAAGAUUGUUGCUGAAUUCGAAAAUGGAGAAAUCCUUACUGGGAGAGGGAAAAAUCAAGAAACUAAUUUGACAAGACCUGUGGAUACUCAUUAG